GCCAUGGUUGAUUGCGGGGCUUCCGCGUCCGCCGGAGGCGAGCGCGCAGUCCAGGCCCUGGUUGCCGCCGUUGCGGCUGCGAACCCACAGGCUGUGAUCAGGGGUCAACUGGUGCAGCUUCGCAAGACUCCAGGCAAGGGCCAUUGCAUCCUCGACCUGGUGAAGCACGGCAAGGACGAAUGGGUACCUGUCGACAUAGAUGCCGACAAGAAGGAGGAGGGCCCGGAGGUAAAGUCACCUUCGGCGGCAGCGAGCUCCGGACCUACGACCCAGGUCAAGCGGGAGUUCGUCUUCAACGGCCGGAAGAUGGAGUAUGUCACCUCGGAGGGCAAGGUCAAGGAGAGAGACCCGGGCAACGCGCACCAGGGUCGCAAGAAGGAGAAGCAGAUGGAGCUGGACCCGGCGUUCGCACUGCAGGUGGACCCCCGCGAUCCGAGGACCACACGGGGACCGUGCGGGCAGACGCAUCGCAAGUACUUCACGGUCAACAACCAGUGGGGCCAGACCCGGACAUGCUAUCGGUGCGGGCUGAGGUUGCUCUACGUCCCGACGGCGAAGGCGCCGAUGACGAACCUCAGCAUGCAGCAUCCGAAGCUGGUGGAGUCCGGCCUGGAGUUGGUGCGGCACUGCAACCUGUGGGAGACGGCCAAUCACGAGCAGGUGACUGCGAUGAUCAACAUCGCCACCUCUCUUCGGAGGCUUCCCGGGACCGAGAUCCGCCACGCGCCGGACGCGCUGCUGGAGAUGUUGGGGGCAGCGAAUCCCAGGUCACUACUCGCAGGACUGGCUUUGGCCAUGACCGUGGGUACGAUCACCGAGGCGGUGGAGAUCUGCUGCCAUCCCAACAGCAUGCUGACCGACGAGUGCACCAACAUCGGCCUCAGCAUGGAGCGGAUCAGCAUCGAGAACGGUUACAACCUCAGCACGAAGGCGGGGUUCGAGGCCGCUAGCAAGAAGCUGGACGAGGUGAUGCCGAAGCGGGCUUGGAUAUCGCUACCAUGCACGCUAUGGACUUCGCUUACGAACUUCAACUACAAGACCCCAGAGGCACGUGCACGCCUAGAGAAAGACCGACUUCGAGACCGACGACGUGUGAAGUAUGGAGUUCUCCUGUUGCUAAAGAUUGUUGACAACGGAGGAGAGGUCUACUUCGAGUGGCCUCACAGGUGUCAAGGCUGGAAGAUUCCCGAGCUCAAUUUUUUUCGUAUGGAAUUGAGGCGUCGGGGACGACACGUCUUCGAAGAUCGGAUCGACGGGUGCAUGUACGGCCUCAGGGACUACAACACUAACGAGCUCGUCGAGAAGGGCUGGAGGAUCAUGACCACCGACCCGGAGUUCUCCAAGGUCGCGACCGUGUGUGACCACUCACACGGUCACCGAGUCAUCAGCGGGAAGCUGCACACUGCAGCCACGGCCUACUACCCGCAGGCGAUGUGCAAGGCAAUCGCCCGGCUAUGGCAUGCUCAACUCCGCACCCCAGUCGACCUCAACAUGGCCCUGGAGAACCCUGCUGUCCUCGACCUCGAGAAUGCCUACCUGAUGGAGCGGGACACCGGGAGCAUCUACGUCGCUGAGCCCACGGAUCUCGAAAGGGAACAGGUUCGAGCAAUGUUGAGCAAGAUACACAAGGCUGCAGGGCAUCCAGGUAACGAGCACUUGGCUUACUGGUGCAAGAAGCGACAGUGUCCACGCUGGAUCAUCGAAGAAGCGAUCAAUCUUCGCUGCGAGGCAUGCGACUUAGUCAAGCACGGCGUUACCCACAAGGUCAAGGCGAGCCUCGACAUCCCCAUGGCACCUUGGCAGGCAGCCGUCAUGGACGUUUCCGACCUGACGUUCCCGGACUUGAAUGUGAAGGCCAGGUUUCUCCUCAUCGCAGAGGUCGCCACCGGCCUGAUGUGCGGGGACAUCACUGCGAAGAUCGGCCUCAAGGAUAAGGGCACAGAUUCGUCAGCUACGCUGUUCACGACGUUUGCCAGAGCCUACCUUCAACACUAUCCCAAGCCAAGGUGGGUUUUCGUCGAUCCUCAGACCUCUUUUGUGGGUGGCGAGUUUAAAGACAACUGCCAGUUGGCCGGCAUCGGCGUCUCAGCGAAACCAGGAGGAGCACAUUGGAUGGCUGGCGACAUCGAGCGCCGCAUCUCGACCGUCAAGCAGGUAAUGAGGAAGCUUCGCCUACAAUACCCCAAGCUGAGUCCCGAGACCGUGUUUUACAUCUCGAUUGCGGCGGCCAACAACAUGGACAACAUCAAGGGCUACACGCCGAUGCAGUGGGCUUUCGGGUUCUCUCCCACCGAGGACCCAAUCUUGGCGCAUAACGCAGCUACUGGCAAGUUGAAGCCCGACUUCUUCGAGAUCGAGCGGGUACGAGCGGAUGCAGAGGCGACUUACCUGAAGGAGAAGGCGUCCAGGAAGAUCUCAGAGCUGAAGAACUCAGCCCCACGACCUCGACAUGAAUAUAAGCGAGGCGACUGGGUCUGUGUCUGGCGGUCGUACGCUGCGACAGGGAAGCGAAAGCUUUCCGGACAGGAUUUCUUCACGGACGGCCUCUUCAUCGGACCGGGCAGAGUACUGUUCUCCGAGCCGGCGGUCCAGACAGGCAACAAGGACGGCGUGAUCUGGGUCAUCAUGGGCAACCGAUGCUGGCGCUGUGCAGCUGAGCAGCUGCGGCCAGCCACGCAGUCGGAGAUCGUCCAGAUCAACCUGAAGAAGGACGACAUCCUCAACAGUCCGCUCGAGGACGUCUGGAGGCACCUCCAGGACUUUGACGACAUCGCCGGGGAGCCCUCCCCAACGGCAGAUGGCAUGAGGAUGCUACCACGUCAACCUCUUGAGGGCAUGCCGAGGGUGAUCGAGAAUCCCGAUGUGGCCGUGGAACCCCACGACGUCACGGAGGCAGAUGACGACCUGGAGGUCGACGAGGCGGCGAGCGACCAUGUGGAAGCCAGCGAGACCGACAUCAUCAACUUCGUGCAGGAUACGAACAACGAGGCCGAGAUGGACCUAAUGAAGAUUGAGAUCGAGACGGACCUGGAGGAGUUCUGCUUCGAUGCGAGCGCGUACCUGGAGAAGCAGCUGAACCGAGUGGCCAACAACACGGUCAAGAAGGGUGUGGAGGUUUCGUUUGGCCGCCUGAGCCCCGAGGAGAAGCCACUGUUUCAAGAGGCAAUGGCACGGGAGCUGGCGGAACAUCUGGAAGUACCGACAGUCCGGGCUGCAUCGGCUUACGCUGACUACAAUCGUGGAAAGGACAUUCCAGCGGACAAGCUGAUCAAGAUGAGGUGGCUACUGACCUGGAAGCCUCUGACACCACCUGAACCACCGGACAAGUCGGACCCACACCCCGUGAGCACGCCAGACGGGAAGUUCAAGGCGAAGGCCCGUAUCAUUCUGUUGGGCUUCUCACAUCCAGACCUUGUCAGUCGGGACAAGUUCGGAGAUCGGGUACUUCCCACGGCGUCACCAACCAUUUCAAGAAAAGGGAAGCUGGCACUCCUCCAGAUGGCUGCUUUCCACGGCUGGACCUUCGAGCUAGCCGACGCGAAGUCCGCCUUCCUGCAGGCCGGGCACACCGAGGAGUGGAGGAAGCUCUACACGAAGGGCGUGAAGGAGCUCCGGCAGGCCUUGCAGAUCAACGAGGAGGAGUCCAUGAGAGUCUUGGCAGCGAUCUACGGGAUCACGAAUGCGCCGUGGGUUUUCUGGAAGUACGUGGACCACAAGAUCCACGAAGCAGGAGGCAAGAGCGUCCUCAUCGAGCCAUGCAUCUGGAUCAUUCAGGACCAGAACGGCACCGUGUGCGGGGUCAUUGGCUCGCACGUGGACGACUUUGGCAUCGCAGGCGACAGCGACAACAAGUUCUACCUCGACAUGAAGAACAUGCUGAAGGAGAUGCUGCGGUGGUCUCCAUGGCGAAGCACGCCAUGCAUGUGGGCAGGCAUGUGGAUCACCCAGGAGCCAUCGGGCAAGAUCCAUGCUAGCCAGGAGGAGUUCUGUCACCAGCUCCUCGAGAUCAGGGUCGAGUCCGGCAAGUACCUCUCGAAGGAUGACAAGCUCAAGCCGGAGGACGUCACCCAGUUCAGGGCAGGCCUGAUGAAAUGCCAAUGGAGAGCGACACAGACAGCACCACAGUUCUCAUGUCGGGUGUCACUGUUGGCUCAACGGGUGAACGAGGCGACGUUCGGAGACCUGAAGGACACGAACGCCCUCAUACGCGAUGUGAAGCGGACAGCUCGUGAUUCCCUGGUGUUCCACAACUUCAAUAGCAACGGUGGCGGUAAGCUGAAGUGGGACGACCUAGUGAUCGUGACGUGGGUCGACGCAAGCAGACUACUACAACGAGGAGGCUACAUCGUGGCGUUCACCACGGCCGAGAUCCUCAAGCAGAAGGAAUGUGCAGUAUCGAUCGCCGACUGGAGAUCGUACAAGCUCAAGCGCACCGGCAUCGGCACCAACGGCUGCGAGGGACAGGCUCUGUACGACGGCGAGAACGCGGCGUACCUGAUGCGCAUGCUGUGGUCAGUCAUGCACGGAGUUCCAGUCACCGCGCACACUCAGGAGGAGGUGGCGCAAUCCAUGACCUCGGUGCUGGUGAUCGACAGCCGAGGAGUUUAUGAUUCAGUUCACAACAAGGAGAGUUUCGGCAUCGGCCUGAGCGAUGCGAGGACCGGCGUGGAGGUUCUACAUGUGAAGGCGAACUGCGGGCCCGAGAAGAACCAGCACCUGGUUUGGGUCCCCUCGGACCUCAAUCUCACCGACGGCCUCACGAAGGACAGUCCCGAGGCAAGGAAGCCUCUGGCUCUGUGGCUUGCACGGCGUACCUGGAUCAUCAGGUACGAUGAGGACUUCAUGUCAGCCAGGAAGCGACAGCGAGCCAACAAACUCGCUCAGGACAAGCCGCAGGCAUCUACAGACGCUGAAGCCGAGGCCGCCGACGCUUUAGCUUUUCUCGACCUAUCUUGA